AUGCAGCUCUCUUCUGUCCCUUGCAUCAUUGCAGCAGCUCUUGCGCUUGCUUCGAUUGGCAACACCUCGCCGGUCAAUGGACCCAAGAAAGGGAAAGGGCUGGAGUCUGUCGAUGUCGACCAUUUGAAUGACGACUUGGGGCUUCCUCCUGUCACCGUGCCCGAGGUCAACCAGGCCAGGGCUGAGCGCAAGGGCGAUGAAGUUGAAGUCUACCAGGCCAGGGCUGAGCGCAAGGACGACGAAGUUGAAGUCUACCAGGCCAGGGCUGAGCGCAAGGACGACGACGAGCCCGAGCGCAAGGACGACGACGAGCCCGAGGUCAACCAGGCCAGAGCUGAGCGCAAGGAUGACGACGAGUCCGAGGGCAACUGGUUCAAUGGCAAAUGGUCCGAGAACCUCUGGACCACAGGGUGA